GCAUUAUUUUUCUAAAGUGUCUGUCUUCCUAAUGACAGGCUUUCUGUAUAUUUCAGUUUGAUUUUCUUUACUCUUUCGGUCAGCAGAAUAUAACAACUAAGUAUGCAACUUUGCGUUCUUUUUCUUCUUUUUUUUUUUUGCUCAUCUCCUUAGGUACCACACUCUUCUAAAUGAAAGUUUUGCCAAUAUCCAGCUUUGCCAUUUUGCAACUCCUCAUCAACAUGCUGUGAGGGAGAGCUCCUGUUAGAAGAAAGCUAUGAGAACGUUGUUCUUCAAAGGCCUGACGUCUCAGUGAAAGGAACGAUGGACUCAAUAACUAUGAGCUGCACAUUAACUAGUCAUCAGAAUCGCACACAGAUACAGGAUGUCUCCAUAAAAUGGAAACGCAUGCAUAAAAACGGAAUACCAGCAAGCUAUAACAAUGACAAAUAUGUCCUUCCUGAAGAAUUUCAAGGACGUGCCUAUGUCAGGUGGUUUCAGCAUAAUCUCACCAGUAUUUUUCAUAUUUGUGAUCUCCUUGUAAGUGACACAGAUGUUUACAAGUGCCAAAUAACGUUUCGAGUAUCAGAUCACUUGGAAACUGCUGAAGGAAAUGGGUCAAGUCUCACUGUAACAGACUUUGUAUCCACUAAGGAAAAUGCAUCCACAACAAACAGCACAGUUCCAACCACACAAUCAACAAUGUGGGCACCUCAAAACCUUGUUCUUUAUAUAAUGAUAUGCUUUGGAGCCAUAAUAAUUGGAUCACUGACUUGCAUUUGCAAGGAGAUGAAAGAAGGAUCAAACAAGCUCAUCUCACAGACACAAAACCACACAGACCAGGCAUCAUUUAUUGAAGAAGACAAUCAGGUGACAUACUCUAAUAUUCAGACAGAAAAUAAUCCAAUUAAUUUUUCUUCAAAUUCCAUUGCUGUAGCGAUGAACACAGAACUGUAUUCAGUCAUUAAGAAAUCACCAGAAUGAAGCAGAGAAUAUUCGGUUGGACUGCAGCACACACAUGUCCCUAAAUUAAGACGUGUUCCCACUUUUAUUAUUUUUUUUUUCAUAUAAUUAAAAGGUGUGAAGCUGAA